AUGCACGAUGCACACAUGUACAGCACACACCAUUGCAGCCGACACAACAGAUGUUUCAUUACUCUCUUUAAGCUUUCUAGAUGGUCUUCCAUUCUUGAAGAAGCUACAUCUCUGCCUCACAGACCAGUUUUACAUUGCACAAGUCUGUUUACAGUUGUUGCUCUACUAUUGGCCUUACUUUCCAUCAUAAUUCAUUCCAUCUGUCUUCUCAAAAUGUCUGUAAUUAUUGUUACUGCUACUUGGACUCAUCAUUGGAGGGAUGGAUACAGACAUGGAAUUUGGAUCUGCCCAAUUGGUUCCACUCCACCUUAUUCAUACUUUGUUUACCUCAUCGGCCUUAUAGUUUUGCCUAUAGGUUUGCAAUUUGGCUUGAAGUUUAUCACUGACAUAGUCACAAAAUCGAACGUAAAACACGUAGCACCGAUAUUUUUAAUAUAAAUUUCAGCUUCCCCAUUUACUGAUCUUGAUAAGUUAAUGCAGAAUGUCUUGUUUUUGUGUUUCUCUUCUACUACAGCACUUAGUGGUUACAGUUAAUAAGCAAAAAAUAUAAAUUUAUUAUCUA